UGAAUGAGCACUUCAAUCAUUCAACCCCUUUGGAAAGUUUCUUCAGGAAGACUACUGGGAUGCAAACAAGUUGUGAUGAUGAUGAUGAUGAAAUAGGAAUGAAUGGAGGAGAAGAAAUAUCUGCAGGAAGACCACCAUGAAGAAAUCACAGCUCCUGUUUUACCCCCUCUUUUGGAUUGCUCAGUCGUCGUUGUCGUCGGAAGGAGUCGCCUUAAGUCUUGUUGUACACAUUCACCAGAGCGAUACAAAGCAUGGUGGACCUCGAGGCGAGGGUGGGUGUAGUGGUCAUUCGGGCCUUGGACUGGGUCUGCCAAGGCGAGAGACGAUGCACGCGUGGAUCCGUCCAGCACCUAAGCUAAGGAGUUGGGUAUGGUGAGGCUUGGUCUUUGUACUCUUGAACAUUGCUGACAUGUCAUUGUCCUCGAGCGUGAGUUCGCUUGGAGUUUGUGUCUGGACCUUUACAUCAAGAGGUCGGAUCAACUCGGACAGCCCAUGUGUGACUGCGGAGAGGAUUCUCUUGGUCCGUUCAGAAGUUGAUUCUGAUGACAGUGUAGGAGUUGACGAGGGCGGUCACAUACGUGAUCCACAGCGCUGCCUGGAAUGCUUGAGUGCUGGAUCCCCGAGGCCCUUACAUGGCUGGUGCUGUUCAAUUCUGCUGAAACAUUUCAG